AUGUCCAAACUAGGAAACCGCGCCGACUGGGCCGACGACGAGGAGUUCGAUGACCCCUCCGCUCUCCCCCCGCAACAAGUCACGACGAACAAAGAUGGCACCAAGACGGUGAUCUCGUACCGCUUCAACGACGACAACAAGAAGGUCAAGGUGACCCGCCGCAUCAAAACCACCGUUGUCCGCGAACAUGUGAACCCCCGGGUCGCUGAGCGACGCGCCUGGGACAAAUUCGGUCUGGAGAAGGGCAACCCUGCCGGACCCUCGUUCGAUACCACCUCCGUCGGCGAGAACAUCGUGUUCCGGCCCAGCAUCAACUGGAAGGCGCAGGCCGCGGAGGAGGAGAAGGCCGGCGGCGAGAAGGGCGGCAUCAAGGACCAGCUCAAGGACAAGAAGGUCAAGUGUCGUAUUUGCAGCGGAGAGCAUUUCACUGCUCGCUGUCCCUUCAAGGACACCAUGGCUCCGGUCGACGAGCCCUCUGGUGGCGCCGGCGCCGAGGGCGGAGACGAGGAUUCUCCCGCUGCUGGUGGUCUUGGUGCCAGCAAUGCCAGCUACGUGCCUCCCCAUCUGCGGAAGGGUGCUGCUGCUGGCGGCGAGAGAAUGGCUGGCAAGUACGAGAAGGACGAUCUGGCGACGCUGAGAGUUACGAACGUGAGCGAGUUGGCCGAGGAGGGAGAGGUUCGGGAUCUAUUCGAGCGCUUCGGUCGUGUCACCAGAGUGUUUUUGGCCCGGGACAGAGAGACCCAGCGGGCCAAGGGCUUCGCUUUCAUCAGUUUCGCGGAUCGGAGCGACGCUGCUCGCGCCUGCGAGAAGAUGGACGGCUUCGGUUAUCGCCAUCUCAUUCUCCGCGUCGAGUUCGCCAAGCGUGCCACCUAG